AUGCUUUUGUUCCGCCCCACCUUGCUGCUCUCCGCUGCGAAGAGAACAGCGGCUUCCGCGAACGCGCGGCGCCCCGCCAAGAGGGCAGUAGUUGCGGCUGCUACCACGUCACCGGCAGCAACUUCAGUCCCGCCACCCGUGAGGCCGGCAAAGAGACCUGUAGUACCAAGCCCAACACCGGCGCCACCACCACCAAGGCCAUCGAAGAAACCCGUGGCGCAGGCUGGAGCACCUGCACCCGUUGCACCACCUUCACCAAGGCCCGUAAAGAGACCAGUUGUAGCUGCCGCAGCACCAACACCGCCAACUCCGAGGCCUGUGAAGAAGCCGCCGGCAGCACCUGCGCAGACACCGGCGCCACCACCACCAAGGCCAUGGAAGAAACCCGUGGCGCAGGCUGGAGCACCUGCACCCGUUGCACCACCUUCACCAAGGCCCGUAAAGAGACCAGUUGUAGCUGCCGCAGCACCAACACCGCCAACUCCGAGGCCUGUGAAGAAGCCGCCGGCAGCACCUGCGCAGACACCGGCGCCACCACCACCAAGGCCAUCGAAGAAACCCGUGGCGCAGGCUGGAGCACCUGCACCCGUUGCACCACCUUCACCAAGGCCCGUAAAGAGACCAGUUGUAGCUGCCGCAGCACCAACACCACCAACUCCAAGGCCUGUGAAGAAGCCGCCGGCAGCACCUGCGGCUUCAGCACCACCGUCUCCGAAGCCAGCCAAAAAACAAGCGGCGGCUGCAGCAAGUGCCCCGGUGUCUCCGAGGCCAGUGAAGCAGCCAGCUGGGACCCGUGCACGAUCCCAACCAAAGAAACCGGCAACUAAGGCAAAGUCUCCUCCGGCCCCUCCUCCCGCCGCGUUGCCUGCACCAGCACCCGCAGCCGUACCCGUCACCCCAAAAAUCAAACCCACUGACUUUGUCCCCGAUUACCGUGAAAGAGUGCUGCAGAUAUUCCAACAGCUUGCGGAGAUCAACAAAGCCUUGGAUGAACGGUACAAGGCAAGCUCGUAUGUUGUCGCUGUGGAGAGGCUAAAGCGGAAUGAUUACAUCUAUAUGAACUUUCCACCAAACAUCAUGCCCCCUGGGGUAAACGACGAGGAGCGCAAACGGCUUGUGGCAAAGGUGAAAAAUACGACGGCAAUGGGCGACAAACUCAGGGAAAAGAUCGUUGAGAUCCUUACAACGGGUGAUCUCGCCGAGCUCCAUUUAUUGCAGCAAACACCACUGAUUCGUGCUGUAAGAGAACUCACACAGGUGCAUGGCGUCGGGCCGCGCACGGCUGUGAUUUUCUUCAAAAAGCACGGCUUGAAAACUGUCGAAGAACUGAGAAAGCGUGUGGAGGAACAAGAGGCUAAUGAAGGAGGAAAAGGAAGUAGUGGUGACAAGUCUGCACUAAAACUGACUGAGGCUCAGCGAUUGGGACUCAAGUACUACAGCGAUAUUACUCAACGCAUUCCACACGCAGAGGUUCGCCUGCACGAGGCUUUUCUUAAGCUGCGGCUGCGGAAGUACCUUGGGAAGAGCUACGAGCUUGCCAUAUGUGGGAGCUACCGCAGGCGGUUGGCAACGUCAGGAGAUAUAGAUGUGCUUAUCACACGCAAGAUAGUAGCAGACGAAGGUGCAACACCCCAAGGCGCCAGUGAAGAAACCAGCAGGGAGAAGGACGGAUCCCUCAAGGUCGAGAAACAGUUAGAACCACAGGAGGUUCUUGCAGCUUUUGUUUCCGCCCUGAAGGAGGAACGGUACAUUGAAGCGACCCUUGCACAGGGAGCAACGAAAUUCAUGGGUGUUAGUCGUCUGAAAAGUUACAAAUACAACGCCGGUACAGCGAACCCGAGGAUGUACCCUGCACGACGGUUGGAUAUCCGCUUUGUGGAGCCAGAAUGUUUUCCCGCGGCGCUUCUGUACUUCACAGGAAGCAAGAACUUUAAUGUUGUCAUGCGUGCGGAGGCUAUCAAGCGCAACUUCAUUCUCAAUGAGUACGGCCUAUUCCGUAACGAUGCUACUGGGAAUGAACCAACAUCGUCCUCCGAAACCGGUGGCAGGGUUGCCGGAGAUGGGGCUGACAAAGGUGCCAUCCGCGGCCGCUGGAGCGCAGAGGCGUUUCAGAAGUUAGUCCGUGCGAAUUAUUACUCUGCCAAGUCCCCGGCAUUUGUUGGCACAAUAGAAGACGCGGUGGACGAUGAAAAGGAUGGCGAGGCGGCGGUCGGGAAGAACGCAAAGGGCUCAAGCGCAACGUCACGAAAGCAGAAGCAGCAGCAGGCGAAGGAGCUUGCAGCUCUCUGGCGUGAAGUAGAGGCCCGUCGCGUAAAGGUGAAACACGAACGUGAGAUAUUUGCAGCCUUGGGGAUGGCAUAUGUUCACCCAGAGAAGCGGGAUGUAGGAACGAAAACAGAAGGGAACGUGGUUGGAGCAGAUAAAAAACGAAGAUCAAAAUGA